GCAGUGUCGCUCCUGAUAUGAUUGCGUCAAAAGGGCUGCAAAAGGUGGAAAAAGUGCCCCCAGAAGCGUGUCAUUAGCAGAGAGAGUGUGUGCCCCGGUCGCCACAAUGACUGAUACGGUGUUGUGCUGCAAGGUGUGCGGUGAGACGGCCAACAUACGGCGGUGCAGCAAGUGUCAAGUGGUGUUCUACUGCUCCCAAGAGCACCAGAGGGUCGACUGGCGAUCGCACAAGAGGAUCUGCCAUCCGCCCAACAGUGCCGCGGCGUCCGCGGUGGCCACACAGUCGUCCACAUCGCAGCGGCGGCCCGAGAGUGCACUCCCGGAGCAGGGCACGAGCGAGAGUGAGAUCCUCAGUGUGCGCGCGGAGCCCCUCACGGCGUCCGAGCUGGGCAGCACCAACGACAACUUGGACUUUCGGGAGUUGAUUGACGAGAAAGACAAGAAAUUCCUACCAUCCAACACAAUGCUGGUCGGCGGCAGCGACUCAAGGCUGAAUGUCAACUUCAGGCGAUCGUUCGAGGAGCAGCAGCGACUGGAGGAGUUCUGCACGAAUCUCAUAAGGGACAUGAACGCGUACGGCGUGUGCGUGAUGGACAAAUUCCUGGGGGAUGAGCGCGGCAACAAAGUUCGCGAUGAGGUCAUGAAUAUGUAUUCCGCCGGACUUUUCAAGGACGGUCAGUUGGUGUCGAACAAGGGAAGGCGGGAUUUGCGACAUAUUCGUGGUGACAAGAUCAUCUGGAUCAGCGGCAAGGAGCCUGGCUGCAGAAAUAUCGACUAUCUUAUCAAUCAGGUGGAUGCAAUCAUAACGCUGGCCAAUAAGAUGAAGAAUAACGGCAAAUUGGGACAAUACACGAUUCGAGAGAGAACCAAGGCCAUGGUUGCUUGCUAUCCAGGAUCAGGAUCGCACUAUGUGAAGCACGUGGACAAUCCCAACAGCGAUGGAAGGUGCAUCACAGCAAUUUACUACUUGAAUCACAACUGGGAUGUCCAGCAAAGCGGAGGCCUUUUGAGAAUCUUUCCGGAGGGAUCCGUGGAUCAAGUGGCAGACAUCUCACCCACAUUUGACCGUAUUCUGUUCUUCUGGUCGGACAGGCGGAAUCCGCACGAGGUGCAGCCGUCCCAUCAGACUCGCUAUGCGAUCACGCUGUGGUAUUUGGACGCCAGGGAGCGCGAAUUGGCGCUGCUUCGGUAUCAGAAGGAAAAAGACUGCAAAAAAAUUAAUGAAGCAAAUAACAUUGUGCCGAAUACGUGAAAAUGCGAGAAAGUGAAGGUGGAAAUAUUAUUCUUGUCAUUUUUUUUUUUUUACAUAUUACUUCACACCAGUAUAAUUUUUGCCUACUUUAAGAGACACACAGAGUGGAAGGAAGAAGACAAUGAGGAGUGUGACAGAGUGUGCCAGAAGUAAUUGGGCAAAGUCUCUGAUUGUUGAUAGUUCUUUUUUUUCUAUUUAAGAGAAAACUAUAUCAUAUAAUGAAAAUAUUAGAAAUUUUGUAAUUGCAAAAGAAAAGAGAUAAAAGAUGUAUACUAUUAGGUUGUAAGUUGUAAAAAGAAAGAAAAACAAACAUAUUUCUCUCAAUUUUGCUCCCACUUUUUUUUGCUUUAUAUGAUAUUCUUAAAACAAACAAAAGAAAAGAUUGUGUAAAUUAUUUCGUUUAGCCACUCAGAAUUCUGUAGAAUUAGGUUUAUGAUUUACGUGUCAAAAGUGUCAGUCUCACUGAUGUAUGAGAUUUUAUAUCAAAGGGUCUCUCCAAUAUGAUGUGCAUUUAUGCAGUGAGCACACAAUUAAUAAAAAAAAACAAUUUAUGAUAAAUAUGGUUUCAUAGAUGAAAGGCAAGACUUUGCAAUUUUCAGUCAAUUGACUUGCGA